UUCUGUAGCAUAAACAGGACUGAACAAGAAGAUGUUGGGCGAUCCUUUUAGGCAGAAACUGCGUGGGUCUUUUCUGUCUUAACGCUUUUUUUUUAACACAAAUGUAAAAGGAAGCAGAAUACUUGUUUAAGCUAAAUAAAUAAGUUCAAAUCAAGACGCUGAGGCAAAAUCCCUUGACAUUUACAAAUGGCUUCAGGCAAACUUCUGCACAUAAAAAUGUCGGAAAAUUCAGCUGUGCGUCUGAAAGUAGCACAGCAGUCCCAGCAGCAGGUCUCUGCUAAAAGUCUUGACAUCAGUAAGGUGGUUCGUCUUCUUGAGGAUCCUUUGACUACAAACAUGAAGGAGAAGCACCUUUUCGUACUGAGGAAACUAUUUGAGAGGAACCACACUGGAUUUCUGCUCAGGGAGCUGACAGGCAUGUCCAGAGUUCUCAACGUCUGUGCCGAGAAGGCGAAGGAUCACCCUGAAUAUGCAGCUGUUCUCUGUGAAGCUCUUAAAAUCUGCGGGCUUCCCUUCCUGAAGGAGAGAGUUUCUGAUGAGAUGAGGUACGCUCAGGACGCCACAGAAAUCCUCUCUCAUAUCGGGUAUCUGAUGAGGGUUUCACAUGAUGAAGUGAAGCAACACGUGGUUGAAUGUGUGAAGUCGUUCUACAACUAUGUGACUCCCCCACAGCUGCUCGAUGGGCUCCAGCAGACCUCUCUAGGCUACAAGCUGCAGCUGCUGGAGCGCAGCGACCUCCCUAAGACGCUGCUCCUCUCCAUGGCUGCGCUGGAGAACCAGCCUGCCAUCAAGCUGCAGCUCCUGCAGACGCUUCAGAUCCUCUCCAGCUCCUCUGACAAGAUCUGCACAUCAAUAGUAGAAGCACAUGGGGCAGAAACAAUCUGUCUCCACAUGAAUGAACCGGGCCGGUCCAGUCAGGUCCUUUUCUGCUCCUCGGAAAUCCUCUGGAACCUUCUGGAGAGUGGCAACAAAGAGGAGAUCAUCGGUCAGCUCAGCAGCAUGGAGUGUGUCAUAUCUCUGAAAGAAGCAUUUUGUCACCUGCUGCUGAAAGCUUCUCAAACUUCUGACCUCCAACUCAGAAAUGAUCUGCUUGUAAUCACAACGUUCAUCGCUGGAAAUCCAAACUCUCCGCUUGUCGAGAGUUUAUUUACCAAACAGCUUGUGGGUUUCGUCAUGUUUCCAGAGAUGAAACGUCGCAGCCCGUUGGACCAAAACCUCAAGCUCACCUACAGUAACAAAGACUUGAAGAUGAAGAAGUUGCUGCUGAAUCUGUUAGUUGUAAUGUCCAGAGACUGUGCUGCCCUGCAGCUUUAUGAAGAAGAAAUGGUCAUGCUGUUUCUGCUGAAGCUUAUCAAGCCUCUCGCCGGUUCGUCUGAGCGUCGCUCGGGUCUUCAUCACUGGUCUGUUGUCCAGCAGGAGGAGCUCCAGCUGCAGGCGCUGGCCACCCUCACCAGCAUCGCUCCACUCAUGCUGGAUGACUACAUGUCCUGUCAGGGAAACGCCUGCCUGCUGCUUCUGCUGGACUGGUGCGUCAGAACAGAUGCUUACUUUGCUCAUGGGCACAGUUUCCAUGGCACCGGAGGCAGAGGCAGUAAGAAGGCUCAGCUGCGGUACUGUAUCAGAGUGCUGAAAUCUGUCACGUCUCUGGGCGAAGAGUCUGUGAACCAGGACCUGUGUGAUCAGGGAAUAAUCAGCCAGCUUCUGGGGGUUUUGAACCAGAUGGAUGGACGAUCUGAUGAAGAAGAUGAAGUUACCACGGAGAUAAUGUCAAAUAUUCAGCUGAUCCUUUCAUCGCUGUGUGAGACCGACAUUCAUAGAAAGGAGCUGUUUGGAUCAGAGGGAGUUGAGAUGACCGUUCACUUCCUGAAGAAAGGCUCCAGCAAGUUCUACAGCGGUCUGGGACACAAUAAGCUCCUUCUUUCCACCAUUGACUGUGUGAGGUCCUGCAUUGUUGGCUGCUGCAGCACAGAAGAUUACUUUUUGGCUAAAGACGGGGCAUUUCUUCUGCUCAGCUUGCUCAGUACGAGCCCCAGAUGUGUGCACGGUGUUGUGCUUUCCACCCUGCUGGAGCUACAUGACAACCCAAACACGCCAUCUCUCAUCCUGAGCUGGAGGGAUGCUGCCGGUCAGACAGCUUCAAGACUCCUGCUGCAGCUGUGGAGGGAGGAGGAAAAGGAGCUGGGUGUGAUCCGAAACCAACAUGGAGGAAUUACAGAUCCUCAGAGUCCUGUUCUCAGUUGUUUCCAGCAGGACGGCGACUUGUUGUCAUUUCCUGCCGCCACACCAACCACAGCAGUGUUGGAAAUAUCAGAGAACCUGCGAGCAAAGAUUUAUUUAAUCUUCUGCUGUCUGGGUUUUCAGGGACUUCCUGGAUUGUCAACAGAAGAUUAUGUGACUCUGAGCAUUAUCAAAAGGUAUCUGGACUUUAAGGUUGGAGAGGUGUGGGAGGAGAUCAGCAGGGAACUGAGUCUGGAUGGCGUGAGGCCCAUCAGCCCUGAUGAAGAGGCUCUGAGCACCAUACAGAGGAUUUCAGAGGACACGGCGAGGAGGAUCAUGGCAGAGCAAAGAAGCAUCCUGGAGCAGCAGCAGGAAGAGGACAUCAGCGAGGAGAAGCUGGUCUACAGAGAGAUGAAGUCUCGCUUGAGGCAACAGGAGCUUACAUCCAAAUCCUGGAACAAAUAUGUUUCCAAGACUUCAAAUUAUGAGAUCCUGAAGGAGGAGAAAGCUCAGAGGGAGAAACAUGCUGCAUUAAUCAGAUCAAAACCAAAUCAUCCUGCAAAGCAUUUCAUCGGGCACGUCGUGGCCAUGGAAAGCACUGAUCUUCAGGGUCCUGCAGGAAUGAAAGUGAUGCUGGCCAAAGCUCCGAUCAGAACCGAACCAGCACCGUUAGACCUGGUGAACUUCAGCACCGUAAAAGAUUGAUCCCAGCGAGGAGGCUGGUUCAGUACAGCAUGUAUAUGUCAUAGUACAAACUGAACCUGAAAGCAAAUCAACGCAUUUCACAGUGAAUUAUUUGUGUUGUUUGUAUUUCUCGGUGCAGCUUUUUCCUGUUACUGAAGAUAUCAAGUGAAUUAGCAGAAAAUGCAGACAUGAGCUCACGCGAUGGGCACAAUCAGAACCUUGUUGUCUCGUCUGCCACCCAUCCCUGAAAAACACACACACACACGUGAAAACACAGCAUUUAAAAACAGUUUUUUCCACAGAAAAGGUUGGAACAAUAGUUUGGACAGAAAUGUGACAAAAGAUUGAUGUCAUUUCCUGUUUCUAGUGUGUAUCACUCUUAUCAGUCCCCAAAAAAAGACUUUUCUUCUGGUUUCAUCACAGCCCACCUCAUAAGACACAACACUGACGUUGGCUGCAGAUUCAGCAGGUAGUGGCAGAAGAGGGUCGUUUUACAGUUCUAUGGGUUUUGUGGAGG